AUGAAUAAUGACCAGAAAAGAGAUUUUAGACUCGAUCAAUCAACAAUUAGCAAUGGAUUAUUUACCGUAAUAGAACGAAAACCUCUUUCUUCACUGGAAAACAAUGAUAGUUUAAAUAUAAGUAAUUUAAGUGAUCCUUUAAAUAUUUCUAUUGAUUGUUUAUCAAAAAAGAAAGAAGAUAAUAAUAAUAAUGAUAAUAUUUGUGAAAUUUAUAGAUUAAAUAGCUCACAAAUUUUAAAUGAUAAUUUGGAUAACACAGUUAGUAGAAUAAGUUAUGUUGAUGAUGAUGUUUCAUCAUUUUAUGAUUCGGAAAAAGAAGAAGAGCUUUAUUUUGAUAAUGAUAUUUCUACACUUGGUUCUUGUUAUUCUUUUUCAAGUGCCGUGAAAAAUUCUAAAAAAAAAAAAUCAAGAAAUAGUGUUUAUAAUAGCUCAAGUUAUAAAAAUAUGGCAUUUGAAGGAUGCAGUGAAAGUUAUUCUCCUUUUGAUAAGUCAAAAGAUAAGGAUGUGAAUAUAGAAGGAAAUGUAGAUGAAUAUGUAAAAGAAAAUUAUAAUAAUAAUAAAAAUUGUUUUAAUAAUUUGGAUUUUCCAGAUGAUUUAAAAGAUGAGAAAGAUGGUUUGUCUGAAUGUAAAAACAGUGAUUUAUCAAAUGAAGAAUUAUUAAAUUCUAACAAUAACGAUGAAAAAGCAAUCCGAUUGAAUAAAAAUAUAUAUAGAAUAGUUAAUAUAAAUAAAGCUGAUAAAUAUAAUAAGGAAAAUUUUAUAAGAAGAAUAACACAAAUAAGAAAAAGUAUGAUAAAAGAAAAAAAUUAUGAAGAUAAUCAAAAUGAAUCAAAAUUAAAUGGUUUAAGUAAUAAAGGAAAUGAAUCAAAUGUAAUGCUUAAUAAAGAAACAAAAAAUUAUAAGAAUUAUAAUAGAUUCAGUGAAGGAUAUAUUUUAAAGAAAUACAAUAAUUUAUCUAGGUGCAACAGCGAUAAAAAGAUAAAAUAUAAGGAAUUAAAUCAUGAAGGAGAAAAUUCCUAUAUUGAAGAGGAUUUUGAUGAAUAUAACAAUUCCUCCAAAGACAAUUUAUACUAUAACUAUAUAUGUAAAAAUAAAAAAGAUGGCAAUAAACAAAUUAAAAAUGAUAUGUUAAAAGUAAAGAAUGAAGAUUUUCAUAAAAAUAGAAGAAAUGAAUAUGAAAUAACAGAUUAUAACAUAAAUGAAAAUAUAUAUUAUAAAAAUUUUCGUAAUAAAAAUAAUAGAUUAAAGGACUGUGAUAAAAUUAAUAAUAUUGAAAGUAAUAGAUGUAUAUUGAAAGAUUUAAAUAAUUCUUAUAGUGAUGAAAAAGAUUCAUUUGAAGAAAAUAAUGAAAAUAUGAAUGAUUUAGGAUUUAAAAAUAAGUUUCAUAAUGAUCAAGAAGAAUAUUAUAAUAAUAAAAAAAAUGAUGAUUAUUAUAGCAAUAUGAGAAUAAAAAGAUACAGUUCUUUUGAUACAAACAUCAAUACUGAAAAGUAUUCAGAUGACUAUUUAUAUCAUCCAAGAGAAAAAUAUAUAAAAAAUAAGCAUUAUAUAAAUAAAAAAAAUCACUAUUAUAAUUUAAAUAAUAUGCAUAAAGAGAAAGAUGAUGAUAGAAGUUAUUAUAAUAAUGUUUAUAAUAAUUUAACAGAUAGCGAAUAUAAGAGCAACAAAUUUAUUCAUGAUAACAAAGACUCUAAAACUAAAAAUAUGAUGAAAAAUGAAAUGAAUGUAAAUGAGCAAAUGAAAAAAACAAAAUUUAUUUAUAAGAAUAACAAUAGUAAUCAUAUAAUUUCGGGUGAUGAAAUUUAUAGAAGUGAAGAUAUUUAUGAAAAUGAAGAAGGAAAUAACUAUUUCAAAACUAUACCAAACAAAAGUUAUAAGAAAGCAGAUAGUGAAGAUAUGUACAUUAAUAAUGAUAGAAUUAAAAAUGAUGAAAAUAAUAUUAAUGAUAUAUAUAGGAAUGAUAGAUAUUUAGCACCUAAUCAAAACUUUGAAAAUGAGUAUGCUAUUUAUGAAAAAAAAUAUACAGAUGAAGGAAGUAAUGAAAAUAUGAAAAUGAAAAAAAAUACGAUUUUUAAGCAUAUAGACGAAAAAAAAAUGUUUUAUAAAAAUAAUUUCAUAGAAUAUAAUAAUAAUAAUAACUAUGAUAUAGAAAAUAAUGCUAAAAAGAAUAUUUCAUAUGGAAAUAUUAGUAGUAAUGAUAUUUCACACAAUAACGAUAUAAAUAACAAUAUAGAAGAAAAAGAGUUGUUUUAUUAUAAAGAAAGAAACAAUUUAAUUAAUAAUAAUGAAAGUAAUAAAAAAAAAAUUUAUAGAAAUGAUUAUUAUAUUGAUAAAAAUGAUUAUCAUGAUAAUUAUGAAAAUAAGAAUAGAAAAUAUUCUUCCAAUAUAAAUAGUAAAUAUAAAAAUGAUUCUUAUAUGUAUAAUAAUAAUGAUGAUUAUUAUAACAAAAAAUAUUCUCAAUUAAAAUCAAAUGAUCAUUUAAAUCUCAAUUAUAAAAAUAUUAAUUAUGAAUAUAAUAGUAAAUCAAAUAAUAUGUAUAAUCGCAUGAACGAAAGAAGUAAUUAUGAUGAUAUCAAUUAUCAUAAAAAUGAAAUGCACCUUCAUCAAAAUCCUGUUGAUUAUUUAAGCGAAAAAGAUAUUGUUUAUAACCAAUAUGAACAAAAUGAGGAUCAACAAAAUAUGUAUAAUAAGAUAAAUUCUCAGAGUACUUACAACAUAAAUAAUACAUAUUUCAAUGAAAAGGAAGAUCAAGAAAAUAUAUAUUUAAACAAAAUAAGCAUGCAUCAAAACUCAGGAAUUAUGAAUUACAAUGAAGAAUUAUCUGAUAAUAAAAAUAAAAUAAAAAUAUUGAAUGAAAAUAGGAUUGGCAUAAAUGAUGAGAAAAAAAGAGAAGAAAAUAAUCAAGGAAAUAUUGCUGUUAGUGAAGAAAAGAAAGAGGAAGAAGGUUCAAAAAUAUCAAUGAAUGGUAAUAAGAAUAACGAAAUGGUUACUAUAGAAAAUAAUGAAGAAAAGGAAAAAUUAAAUGAUUUUGCUCAUGACAAUGAUUUACAAAAAGAAAGCCUAAAUAAAUCAAAUACAGUAAAUAAUAAUUUAUCAAAUAACAUAGUACAAAAUAUCACUACAACUAAUAAUAUUGAUCUCAUAAAUAAACAAAAUAAAGAUCCCCCACCACCUGUGAAAAAAAAAAGAGGACGACCAAAAUUGAAAAAAACGCCCCCAGAAGAAGUACAAUCAGGUGAAAAUAAUAAUAGUAAUAGUAAUAAUAAUAAUAAUAAUAAUAAUAAUAAUAAUAAUAAUAAUAAUAAUAAUAAUGUAUUUCCUUAUCAAUCAUCAAAUCAAAAUUUGCAAGCAAAUAAUUUUAAUAACUUAAGUAAUAAUAAUAUAAUAAGUGAUUUGAGUCAACCAUUAUAUAAUAAUAUAAAUUCUGUAAUUAAUCCUUCAUACAAUACUCAAAUACCUCAUACUAUAAAUGCUCAUUUAAAUCAACCAAUAGAUCAACAAUUAAAUCAGCAAAUAAAUCAAACAUUAGCUCAGCCAAUAAAUUACCAGUUAGCCCCUCCUCCCCCUCAGGCAUUAAACCAUCAGUUAACAGACCCGUUAAAUCAAUUAAACCAACCAUUAGUUCAACCCAUAAAUCAACAAUUAAGUUCACAAUUGGAUCAACAAAUGACUCAUCAAAUGAAUCAUGCAUUAAGCCAACAGUUAAAUAUUCCAUUAAAUCAACCAUUAAACCAUCCAUUAAAUUCUCAGUUAGAUCAGCAAAUUAACAAUCCAAUAAAUCAACAGUUAAAUCAACCAUUAAACCAUCCAUUAAAUUCUCAGUUAGAUCAGCAAAUUAACAAUCCAAUAAAUCAACAGUUAAAUCAUCAAAUAAAUUCUCAGUUAGAUCAACAAAUGAAUCAGCAAUUAAAUAUGAACAUAAAUCCAUCUUAUAAUCAUCAUCACUUAUAUAAUAAUAAUAAUAUGAAUAAGCAAUUGAAUCCUCCCAUAUAUGUUAUUCAAAAUAGGAUGAAUAAUAAUUUUAAAGGAAAUAUGAAUGAAGAACAAUUUGCUCCUAUGUAUAAUAAUUAUGACAAAGAAAUAGCUAAUAAUAUAGAGACAAAUUUUUAUUAUAGGAAUAUGGAUAAAAUGAAAAAUAAUAAUGAUGAUUUUUCUUAUGAAGGAGAAGAAGAAUUCAAUAAAAAUAAUAAAAGAAAUGCUAGAUCAACAGUAAGUGAAUCAGAAGAAAAGGAUUCUGAGAGAGAAUUUAAAAAAGUUCAUAAAAAAAGAGGAAGAAGAAGAAAAAAGGAUAUUGAACAAAUUAAUGAAAAUAAGCCAAAUAAUAAUAUUGAAAAUAAAUCAUCUUCAGAUUUUUAUAAUAAUAAUGUAAAUAUUAAUUCAAAAAAUGAAUUAAAAACAGACCCAGGAUACUCUACUUUUGUUGAUGAAAAUAACAAAACUGUUUCUUACAAGGUCUCUUAUCAUCCAGCAGAUGCUGUGUGGGAAAAAAUAUCAGGUGUUAAGUUUGGUCCGAUGAUAUUAACUGCUCAAAGCAGAACAACAAAUGUAAUUUUAUCAAAAAAAAGAUCUAUUGAAUUAGGGAAUAUUUUACAUAAUUUAAUAUAUGGUUAUAUAUAUAAAGGAGACAACGUUAGAUUAACCAUAGGGAAAGAAUCAAAAAAUGUAAAAAGUGGAUCUCCCUUUUUUUUACCAAGCUUUAUGGAUUGCAGCAUACAUAAUGAUGAUGAAUCAGGGUCUGCUAAAAUAUUUUUAUGCUUUGUUUACCUAAAUUAG